GGUCUGUAGUGACGACUCAAGCGCCUUAGACCACUGCGCCACUCGGGAGGCCCGCUAAGGAGUAUUUCUGUCUGUAAUAAAACCCUUUUGUUGGCGGGGGAAACAACCAAUUCUGAGUGGGUGGGACUGGCUCUCAAGUGGGUGGGCCUAUGGCUUCCUAAGCCCACCCAUGGUAGCGCUCCUGCCCAAUAAUGUGAAAUCUGUAGACGAGGGUCUAACCAAUUUAUUUCAAUUGACACAUUUCCAUAUAUGAACUGAUGUCUCAUUACACAGACGAGCCUCGCUUCACCAUCGAGCAGAUCGACUUGCUCCAGAGGCUGCGGCGUACGGGCAUGACCAAGCAAGAGAUCCUCCACGCCCUGGACACCCUAGACCGGCUGGACCGCGAGCACGGGGACAAGUUCGGUCGUCGCUACGGAGGAGGAGCAAAUAGCUCUGUGUCCGACCCCAAUAGCACCACCACAAACAACAACAACAACAACAACAACACUGCCUCUGUUUCUGCCGCCACCACCUCCUCAACAACAUCCUCUUCCUGUGGUAGUAAUUAUAAUAAUGGUGGAAGCAGUAAUGUUAACAUGGCCCUGGCCUCAUCCUCCACCAACUCUACCGCCACACAGACACAGUACCUCCCUCCACGUGGGGGGCUCUCCCCGUCGCCUAGCAACGGCUACGACACCUCCCCACCACCCGGCCCGCCCCCGUCCUCUGCCAUCCUCUCGUCCCCGGUGUCGCUGGUCGCCAUGGUGCAGAACGGGGGGCGGGACAGCCUGGCGGCAACGCCCAAUGGGAAGCUCUCGCCGCCUCGGUACCCAAUGAAUAGCGCUGCUGCCGUCAGGCCGUUCGGGUUCGAGGCCACGGAGGAGGAGCUGGACAUUGAUGACAAGGUGGAGGAGCUCAUGAGGAGGGACAGCAGUAUCGUCAAGGAGGAGAUCAAGUCCUUUCUGGGAAACAGGAGAAUCUCUCAGGCUGUGGUGGCUCAGGUCACAGGUAUCAGUCAGAGCAGGAUCUCUCAUUGGUUGCUCCAGCACGGCUCUGACCUCAGCGAACAGAAGAAGAGAGCUUUCUACCGCUGGUACCAGCUAGAGAAAACUACCCCAGGUGCCACUCUAAACAUGUGCCCUGCCCCCAUGGCUCUGGAGGAGAUGGAGUGGAGACAGACCCCACCCCCUAUAAGCACCGCCCCCGGGAGCUUCCGGCUUCGGCGUGGGAGUCGCUUUACCUGGAGGAAGGAAUGUCUGGCUGUGAUGGAGAGCUACUUCAAUGACAACCAGUACCCCGACGAAGCCAAGAGAGAGGAGAUCGCCAACGCCUGCAACGCGGUUAUCCAGAAACCAGGGAAGAAGCUUUCUGACCUGGAGAGAGUCACAUCCCUCAAAGUCUACAACUGGUUUGCCAACCGACGCAAGGAGAUCAAGAGACGGGCUAAUAUUGAAGCCACGAUCUUGGAGAGCCAUGGGAUAGACGUUCAGAGUCCUGGAGGACAUUCCAACAGCGACGACAUCGAUGGAGGCGACUACACAGAACAGGCCUGUGACCUGCCCUACUUCGACAAGAGACCGAUGGCCAGACCCUUUGGCUUCUACAGGCUGGAGCCCACUUCACCCACACAGGAUGAUGGUCCAGGCCAUGGAGACCACCAGGACCCCAUCUCUCUGGCCGUUGAGAUGGCAGCAGUCAACCACACCAUCCUGGCUCUUUCCCGGACCGGAGGGGUGCCCAGCGACAUCAAGACAGAGGCCCUGGAUGAUGACUGAACACGGGGAGGAGGAAGAGGGGAGGGGGUUACUGGAUGAAUGACUGAAUGAGGGGAGGGGGUUACUGGAUGAAUGACUGAAUGAGGGGAGGGGGUUACUGGAUGAAUGACUGAAUGAGGGGAGGGGUUACUGGAUGAAUGACUGAAUGAGGGGAGGGGGUUACUGGAUGAAUGACUGAAUGAGGGGAGGGGGUUACUGGGUGGAUGACUGAAUGAGGGGAGGAGGUUAAUGGAUGGAUGACUGAAUGAGGGGAGGGGGUUACUGGAUGAAUGACUGAAUGAGGGGAGGGGGUUACUGGAUGAAUGACUGAAUGAGGGGGGGGGGUUACUGGAUGAAUGACUGAAUGAGGGGAGGGGGUUACUGGAUGAAUGACUGAAUGAGGGGAGGGGGUUACUGGAGGAAUGACUGAAUGAGGGGAGGGGGUUACUGGAUGAAUGACUGAAUGAGGGGAGGGGGUUACUGGAUGAAUGACUGAAUGAGGGGAGGGGGUUACUGGGUGGAUGACUGAAUGAGGGGAGGAGGUUACUGGAUGGAUGACUGAAUGAGGGGAGGGGGUUACUGGAUGAAUGACUGAAUGAGGGGAGGGGGUUACUGGAUGAAUGACUG